UUCAUAUAUACAAGUAAUUACAAAUAUUCUAUAUUUAAAAUAAUAAAAAUUAUUAAGUAGAAGAAUUCAACAACUAUAUUUGGCAUGAUGCAUAAUUAAUGUAAGUUAUAUCAUAAUAUCACGCUACAAUUCGAUUUCUCUCCUAAAAUGGUAUGAGAAUCAAAUCUUGAUCAUAAUGACACAAUUACAUAAAUACCACUUUUCUAACUCUGUUUUUCAAUAUUCACAAUAUAGAACCAUGGGAAAAUUUACUUUCUUCUUCCUUGUUUUUACCCUGUUUUUGUCAAAUUUUGUUGCUUCAAGCCUUGGAAAGAAGCAAGGUGAUGUUCUUAGCAAGUUUUACAAGGCCAAACAAAAGAAUUCCGCCUUUCGCAAGAGUUAUUUAAACGAUGAAAAUGUAGAAUUAGACAAAGUUAUUCUUCCACAAGAGGGAUCAAAAGCGAAAGAUUGGAUCAAUAAAUUACCUGGACAACCACCAGUAAAGUUUCAACAAUAUGGUGGUUAUGUUACUGUCAAUCAAUCAGCUGGUCGUGCUCUGUAUUAUUACUUCACUGAAGCUGAGAAUUCCGAGGCAUUGCCGUUGCUUCUUUGGCUUAAUGGAGGUCCUGGUUGUUCUUCUAUGGCAUAUGGGGCAAUGGAGGAACUUGGACCAUUUAGAGUUAACAGUGAUGGAAAAACAUUACACAGGAAUAGUUAUGCGUGGAACCGUGCUGCCAAUGUGUUGUUUUUGGAGUCACCUGCUGGAGUAGGAUUUUCAUAUACAAAUACAAGCAGCGAUUUCAAUACAACCGGAGAUAGUACAACUGCUAAUGAUAAUGUUGUGUUUUUACUCAAUUGGCUUGAGAGAUUUCCCGAGUACAAGAAGAGAGAUUUUUACAUUUCUGGUGAGAGUUACGCGGGGCAUUAUGUACCUCAAUUGGCACAUGAAAUUCUUAAACAUAACAAGCAAGCGAACAGGACUCUUAUCAAUCUUAAAGGAAUUAUUAUUGGGAAUGCAGUGAUCAAUGAUGAUACAGACAUUAUAGGAAUGUAUGAAUACUUUGCAUCUCAUGCACUGAUUUCAGAUGAAACUUAUCAUGACAUCCAGAACAGUUGUUUCGUUGAAAACUACAACGAGAGCAAGUGCAAUAGUGCUAUUGCAAUUUCAGACAACAAUAUCAACUAUCUUGACAUCUACAACAUUUAUUUUCCUCUUUGUAAGAAUGGAAAUCUCACGAAACACCCAAAAAUACCGCCACCAUUGCAGAUUGAUCCCUGCUCGGCCGAUUACAUCUAUGCUUACCUGAACAGGCGGGAUGUUCAAGAUGCACUUCAUGCCAAUGUUACGAACAUCAAAUAUGAAUGGGAGUCUUGCAGCAAUACACUCUUUUAUAAUUGGAAAGACAGCUCGGUGACUAUCGUUCCUCUUCUCAUAGAAUCUUUGGAAAAUGGUGUUCGAGUGUGGAUUUUUAGUGGUGAUACAGAUGGAAGGGUGCCUGUAACUUCUUCAAAGAGAUCUAUACAAGCAAUGAACCUUACAGUAGAUCAACCGUGGCGUUCUUGGUUAAAUGGAGGAGAGGUUGGAGGAUACGUUGAAACAUAUAAAGGAGGUCUAACAUUUGCAACAGUAAGAGGCGCGGGACAUGAAGUUCCAAGUUACCAACCUGCUAGAGCCCUCUCCCUUAUUUCUCACUUCCUUUCUGGCACAUUACCCCCUGGAGAUCAUUAAUCUAUCUAGCACAUCCUUUAAUUGUGUAAUUAAGAAUUAUUUUAAGACUUAGACAAAUUAAAGUUUAAUACAACAUAAUGUGAUCACUUGAUCUAUCUUUUGAAAUAUCCAAAGUCUGAAUAUUGUCACGUUUAAUAUAUCCAAGAUGAUGUCAAAUGUUUCGCAAUAUCAGCGCAACUAGCACGGUCAGUAUUGAAUUAUAAACUGAAUUACUGAAAAAUGCUCGACUAAUCUAAUGAGAAGAUGGGAUAAUAAAAUGAGUCUAAUCAUUACUUUUUGAAGGCUGAAGCAAAAUCACAAUGGUUAGGAUUCAAAUUAGUAUGCUGAUAUCAAACUUGGACUUCAUUUUAAUCAAUUUUGAAGAGAAAACAUGUUAGUACAACUUUUUAGAAGUUUUUGGCUAUGAUCUGCUAGGAAUGGUGAACAAAUUGUUUCUAACUGACAACACAAUUUGUAGUAAGGUUCUAAAGAUCCGACAAAUCUUGUGGACAAAAACUCACUCACUCAACUCUAACGGGCA